AUGUCCGUCCUUGGGAUGCUGCUCUCACUCCUGCUGCUGACCUUGUCACGGCAGCACCCAACAUCACCACAAUUUUUGUUAAAAGAUAUUGAAACACAUGAUGAAAAUGACACAACUCCUAUGGCAGAUGUGAUCUUGUCCUCCCUGAAUGCGGCCACCACCUGCCUGGAGAAGAAGAACAAUCUCUUUGUGGAUGACGUGAUUUCUCUCCGAAUUCUGCAAGCAUAUGUCAAAGGCAUUACGGAGCUAUGGGCCAGGAAUCCUGAGAUGGAGUCAAUAGACAAAAAGAUGAAGACUUUUUCCAGGAAGCUGGAGUAUAUUCUCGGCAGAUCCAUUUUUCAACUGUCCAAGGCUUUAUCUGGCAAAUUAGGCGUUUUCGAAGUGUUAAUCCGGGAAGAUUUCUGGAAGGUUCCCCAACCUUUGCUCCUUACCAAAGACACAGUGAUUCCCACAAGAUUAUACACUGUAGAAAUUGUGAGGGCAAAUACCAGCGAGAUAUGUACGAUAACUCUACUGAAUAACAGUGGUCACCCCAAGUCUUGCACGUACACAGAAUUCUGCAGGCAAUUGAUGACGAUGCCUGUCCACUCACACAGCCAGAGAAUCCAGCAGCUGAUGUACUUCCUUUUCUCCAAAAUGAUUGGAUGCAGAAACGGGAUGUACAAAAAAUCCCAACAGUACAUGAACAGAGUCUGUUCCAAACUGAUGAAUGAGAAUGCAGAAAUUGAAAGCACGAAUUACCACAGUUCCUCUCGUGAUGAAUUUUUGGAAAGCAUCAUGCUGUGUGGAACUGCUGGGUUUGUUAAUUUUUACAAUUCCCGGUGGCUUGUGAAUAUCCUCCGCUGGCAGAAGGCUACAGAUGGAUGCUUCAGCACAGCUUGUCACAUCCUUGAAGACCCCAAGUACUCCUCCAAGUUCUACUCUGACCCACAUGGACCAUCACGAGUCAGGAUCAACCUGAGGACAUAA